AUGCCUCUGCGGCUCGUCUGGUUGUUUCCGACGCUCUUUUUCACGCUGUUUCUCUCAGGGACAUCCCUGGCUGUAUCAUCUCAUGACAAGCCAUUGGGGAUAGCUGGCACGGCAAGUGAAGCCGCAGCGACUGAAGCUGCAGGCGACGCCAUGGGCACCUCGUCGCUCGUGUUCCGCCAUCGCAGCCUUCUGAGCUCCAUCACACCACAGCCCUUGCCCGUUGACUCCCUCGCCUCUCUGCCCACUGCCACCAGCGUUGGCGGCGCUGGUGAUAUGUUGGUGACAUCUGGUCGCUUGUGA